GUUUCUACACUGUUGUUGUCUCGACAUGGCGACUGAAAAUGCGAUGGAUCUGAAUUCUUUAGUUUACUCCUUUUUGCAGAAACAUUGUCCACCCAGCGCUAAAUUGUUCGCUAAAUCUAAGAAACCGAAACCACUUCCUCUAGGAAGUCCCUCAUUGGAAGCUAUCAUUCAUGAAAGAUUAUCUGAAAACUUGCCUACUUCAAAAGAAAAGAAAUUGACUGAAUCCAAAACUGAUGUCAAGAACAAAAGUAGUAGUUCCAGUUCUGAUGAUGACGACAGUAAUCUAAGUCAAGCGAAGCAAAUGCCGAAAAUAACUGCACCUGUUGCCCAACUGAAGAAAGCAGCUGAAGAAACAGAGGACAGUUCUGAGGACUCAUCUGAUUCUGACGAACCAGCGAAACCUAAAACUGCAUUAUCUCUCUCUAAAGGAGCUUCCAAGGUGCCGACAAAGGCUCCUGUAAAACCACAAGAGGCUAAGAGUGAAUCAACUUCCUCAGAUAGUUCUGAUUCUGAUGACAAUACUUCUGGAAAGCCAUCAAAAGUUAAUUUACCUUCGCCAAAAACCAACAUGCCUGUUCCUCAGUCUCAAAAAGCAAAAAAAUCAUCUGAUUCAUCUGAUUCUGAGGAUGAAAAAAAUAAUGCAAAAUCAGCCUCAAAAAAUAACUCUCUUGCUACUCCUGCCAAUAAAAAUCUUAAUUUGAAAUCUAAAAUUGAAGCCCAGAAAAAAAGGAAGACUGUUGAAUCCAGCUCUGAUUCAAGCUCUGACGAAAAUAGUAAAAGUAAGGAUACAUCUGUUGCCAAUAAAAAUCUUAAUUUGAAAUCUAAAAUUGAAGCCCAGAAAAAAAUGAAGACUGCUGAAUCCAGUUCUGAUUCAAGCUCUGACGAAAAUAGUAAAAGUAUAGAUACAUCUGCCAAAAAAAAUCUUAAUUUGAAAUCUAAAAUUGAAGCCCAGAAAAAAAUGAAGACUGCUGAAUCCAGUUCUGAUUCAAGCUCUGACGAAAAUGGUAAAAGUAAAGAUACAUCAUCUCUUCAAGCCCAGGAACCUCUAUCAAAGCAGACUCAAGAAUCAUCUGAUUCUGAGGAUGAGAAAAAUAAAGCAAAGGUAGUUGGGAAACAAAAAUCUGUUUCUGUUAGUGCUGGUAAAAAUACUAAUAUGAAAACUAAAAGUAUAUCUGAACAUAAAGAAGGAAAAUCUGACUCGGAUUCAAGUUCUGAUUCUGAAGAAGAGAAUAAGAUGAAAGUCUCUGUAAAUAAGCCAGUUCUUCAUCAAACUUCACUUCAUGCAAAAAAAUCACCAUUGCAUGCAACAAAAACUCCUGAUUCGAGCUCCAGUGACUCCAGUUCUGAUUCAAGUGAAGAAAAAAUUAAAUCAAGCAAAAAUGUAUCUAACAAACCUGUACCUUCUAAUAAGCAAGCUAAGGCACCUCUGAUUCAAGCAGUUAAGAAUGUAUCAAAAAAAGAUUCAUCUGAUAGUUCAAGUUCAGAUUCAGAAAAAAAUGCAUCUGAAUUAGUUAAAGCAAACCAGCCAAAUAAUUGGAACAAGGCAAUUUCAAAGUUUGCUGAAGAGAAUGAUUCUAGUUCAGAAUCUGAGGAUGAAAAAGAUGUAAUGGUAUCAUUAGCUAGAAAAACAUCUACUCCUUUAAACAGUUCUAAAGUGCAGAGUUUGCAGCCUAAGCAAAAGCCUAUACCAGUUAGUGCCACAUUAAAGAGUAAUGCUGUCAAACCUGCAGAUAGUUCAGAGUCAAGUUCAGAUUCUGAGGAUUCAAGCAGUAAGCCUCAAAUGAACAGUGCUAAAAAAAAGAAUUCUAGCAAAGCAGAUGAAAGUUCAGAAGAUUCUUCCUCAGAUUCUGAUAAUAAAAACACAUCUAAAAAAAUAAACACACCAGUAGCAUCAAAAUCUCCUUUAAAAGGGAAACAGGUCAUUGGAACUACAGUUCCUUCUCAAGGCUCCGGAAGCAAAAAUGAGGCAGUUAAGAAAAAGAAAACUCCACAUGAUGUUUCAGAAAGUUCUGAUGAUUCUUCUGAAUCAGAAGAAGAAAGUAAAAAACCAGCACAAUCAAAAAAUAUUCAACAGACUAAAACUGUUGGUAUAUUAAAUAAAGCACCAGUUAAGAGUACCAGUGGAAACAAAUCCUCUGAUAGUGAUAGCUCAGAUUCAGAGGAAGAAAAUUCAAAUAAAAAAGCCAUUUCAGCUAUACAGAAUAAAAAUGCUAGCUUACUCAACAAAACUCCAGCCAAGGCUGUCAGUGGUAAGCAGUCUUCAGAUAGUUCAAGCUCAGAUUCUGAUGAUGAGAAUGCAACACCUGCAGUUACAACUCCUAAACAAAGUUUUAGUAAAUCAGAAACACCAGCUAAGAUGGUUAAAGAGAAGGCUUCCAGUAGCACAAUUGUGAAUGGAAAGCAGAUUAAAUCUAAAAAGCAGGCAAGUUCAAGUUCUGAUGAUUCCUCAGAUUCUGAUGCUGCAGAUCUCUCUCAGAGCAAACUUGCUUCUGCCAAAAUAAAUCAAAAUAAAAGCAAGGUUAUAGAACAAGGUACUGCAACUAAAAGAAAAAAAGGUGGAAGCAAAGCUGAGAGUUCAUCUAGUUCUGAAAGUGAAAAUGAACCCAAGAAAUCAAAGAAUACUUCUACACCUUCUUCUGUUGGUAAGCCUGUCUCUAAAUCAGGGAUCCUCUCCUUUCAGGCGAAUAAAAAGCGAAAAUAUAGAAAUUGAUCCAAGACUACAAAGAUCAAGCCAGAUAGCAAAGCACGAACUCCCCAAUUUGGGAUCAGCACGUGGGAAACAAUUCAGACAUGAGAAGACAAAGAAGAAAAAGGGCAAUCAUUCUUUUGGAAAAAUUGAUACAUCUGUAAAAUCCAUAAAAUUUGAUUAAAUUUUAUUUUCUAAUUU